AUGGCUCAGUGGAAAGGUCUGAUCGCUGACAAACUAAGGGACCGUGCAUCCAAAAUCCCUCCUGAAUGGGUUCUUCCCGAGACAAUUAUAAACCAAAUUACCCAGGAUGCCAACAUAAGUGCUUUCGACAUCCUUAGACGUCAUGAUUUGUUGUCAAGGGAAGAGGUGGCUAUCACAGAGUCCUAUGACGCUCAAGGCCUUCACCAGGAUAUCAUCGAAGGCCGAUUGACCUCGCUCCAGGUUUGCAAGGCCUUUUGUAAGAGAGCUGCUAUUGCACAACAGUUGACAAACUGCGCGACUGAGAUCCUUUUCGCCGAGGCGUUCAAACGAGCAGAGUUUCUUGAUGGAUAUCUGGCCAAGUAUGGAAGGCCUUAUGGGCCCUUUCACGGCCUCCCUAUCAGUGUGAAGUCGCAAAUCAUCUCACUUGAAUUGGCGAAUACUGGAGCCGAUGUCCUUACUAGCACCAUUGCCGCGAAUCUCACCAUGCAACAGGACAGCUUCAAUAUCAAGGGACAGGCUACAACCAUUGGCUUUGUUUCUUUUCUGGGGAAGCCAGUCGCAGCUGAAAAUUCGCCCCUAGUUGAUAUCCUCUUUGCUAACGGCGCCAUCUUGUACAUCAAGACAAAUAUUCCACAGACACUGUUGACCAUGGAUAGCGUCAACAAUAUUUUCGGAAGAACUUUAAACCCUCACAAGCUUUGCCUCAGUGCGGGUGGGAGUAGUGGGGGUGAAGGUGCAUUGGUGGCCUUCCGAGGUUCCAUACUAGGAGUAGGCACAGACGUCGGAGGAUCCAUUCGUGCACCGAGUCUCUGCAAUGGCACAUAUGGCUUCAAGCCCACAGCUGAUCGCAUACCUCACGGGAGGGUUGAAUUAGGGGACAGGCCGGGGACACCAGCGCUCGUCUCCGCAGUUGGACCACUCGCCAACAGUGCAUCAGACCUGACUUUCUUCUGUAAGACAAUUCUCUCGUCGGAACCAUGGCGCUAUGACUCUACCGCACUUGGCUCGGCAUGGCGGCAUGUACCCCCCAAGAAGAAACUAAGCAUCGGGGUUUAUAUGGGGGACGAGCACUUCCCACUAUUUCCCCCUGUCAAACGAGCACUUUCCUCCGCACAGGCUGCGCUUGAAAAUGCCGGCCACAGUGUCCACCUUGUAACCAAUGCUCCGUCCUUUCACGAUGGUCUAAAGCUGGCGGCACGGUACUUUUUGUUCGAUACCAAACAGACCCUUCUGCAACACGUUUUGGAUGGAGAGGAGCAACCAAUCAAAGCAUUGGAGUAUACCUCUCCAGCUGCUCUAGCUGGAUUACAAAAUCCUACACUGACAUUAGACGAUGUCUGGGCCUCCAAUGCUUCUCUUAUGGAGUACCGGGAAAAAAUGGCUGAAGUGUGGAAACAAUAUAAUCUGGACGUCCUCAUUUGUCCGGGUCACUGGUCAACCGCAGGCCCACAUGAUACUUAUGGGCCACCAGUAUAUACGGUUAUUUGGAAUUUGUUGAAUUUUCCCGCGAGCAUCAUUCCAUAUCUGAAGGCUAAUAAGUCUCUGGAUUCGGAGGCAUGCAAGGGUUAUGAUCCUGAUGCAGUAGACGGGGCACCUACUGCUAUUCAAGUUGUUGGGUGGAGGUUUCAAGAUGAAGAAGUCCUGAUGGCUACUGAAGUCAUUGACAAGGCUCUUCAAUCUGACCUACGGUACCGUCCAAGAUUAUGA